CUAUAAGUACCCAACAUGAAAGUACAAGCUGCUAUCGAUAACAAAUCACUUUUUAGUUUCAAUAUGAAUCAUUGGCUCCUCAUCCUGUUUUCCAUCUUCAUCUCCAUCUCCGUCUCCGGCAUCCUCAGAUUCAUUCUCAACCGAUACUUUAUCAACACGAAGCCCACUCUCUACAAACUCCCUCCAAGCCCCCAAUCCAUUCCAGUGAUCAGCAACCUCCUACAGCUCGUCCGCAUCACUCCCUCUGAUAUCCACUCCAACCUGAAUUCACUCCAUGCCAAGUUAGGCCCAAUUAUAACUAUCUACUCUGGCUCCCGCCCUGUCAUCUUUAUAGCUGACCGGUUCCUAGCUCACAAGGUCUUAAUCCAAAAUGGUGCAAUGUUUGCUAAUCGCCCACCAGCUUCUGCUACUCAAAAGAUUGUCAGCAGCAAUCAGCGAAUUAUUAGUCUCGCUUUCUAUGGCCCGACUUGGCGUCUCCUGCGGCGAAAUCUUACUGAAAAUUUUCUCCACCCUUCCCGCGCGAAAUGUUUCUCUCUUUCGCGCCGGUGGGUGCUACAAAUCCUUAUGAAUCGCCUGGAAUCCCAAGAAAAGUCUGGUCAGCCUAUCUGUGUUAGGGAGCACUUUCUAUAUGCCAUGUUUUGUCUGUUAGUCGUAAUGUGUUUUGGUGAUAAUGUUAAUGAAACCCAGAUUAAACAAAUUGAGGAAGUUCAGCGACGAGCCUUUUUGAGUUUCAAUAAGUUUAAUAUACUCAAUUUAUGGCCAAGAAUGACCAAGAUCGUGUUGCGUAGGCGUUGGGAGGAAUUCUAUCAGCUUCGUAAAUGCCAACAAGAUGCAUCAAUUCCAUUAAUAAGAGCAAGAAAGAAUCUGCAAGAGGAAGAGAGGAAAAGAAUGGAAACUCAACAUCAUCAUGUUGUAUCUUAUGUUGAUACAUUAUUAGGUCUGGAACUUCCUGAUGAAAACAAAAAGCUUAAUGAGGUGGAAAUUGCUAAUUUAUGCAGCGAGUUUCUAAAUGCGGGCACUGAUACAACGACAACUGCCUUGGAAUGGAUCAUGGCAAAUCUGGUCAAAUACCCAAAAAUUCAAGACAAAUUAUUCAUGGAGAUUAAAGGGGUUGUUGGAAAUGGAGAUCGGGAGGAGGUAAGCGAGUCUGAUUUGAAAAGGCUGCCGUAUUUGAAAGCAGUGAUUCUGGAAGGCCUGAGGCGGCAUCCUCCUGCACGUCUUUUGGCUCCACAUGCGGCGAGGGAAGAUGUUGUUUUGAAUAAUGAAUAUUUGAUACCAGAGACCGCGGCCAUAAAUUUCCUGGUUGCUGAGAUGGGGUGGGAUCCAAAGGCGUGGGAAGAUCCACUGGCAUUCAAUCCGGAAAGGUUCCUGAAUCAUGAUAAUGGAAUUGGGCGAGAAUUUGAUAUCACAGGGAGUAGAGAGAUUAAAAUGAUGCCGUUUGGUGCGGGGAGGAGAAUCUGUCCAGGUUACCAAUUAGCAGUGCUUCAUUUGGAGUAUUAUGUGGCUAAUUUGAUUUGGAAAUUUGAGUGGAAGGCUGUGGAUGGAGAUGAUGUUGAUUUGUCUGAGAGGGCAGAGCGUACGAUGGUGAUGAAGAAUCCAUUGCAGGUUCACUUAUCACCUAGAUAGAUGAUAAUGUCGUCUAGGAAUGAUAAUGAGUAUCUAUAUAUUAUAAAAUAUAUAAAAAUAAAAUUUUAAAAAUUAUUAUAAAAAUGAAAAUUAAGAUAUUUAAUAUUAAAA